CGAAUACCUGUAUUGUAGAUUGCCAUUGCUGUGCUAGAUUGAAGUUAAUGACGACAAGUGCAGCGGCUCUCCCCAACACGCGCUGUUAGCAAUGCGCCGCAAGAAGACGGGCGCUGCGGUUUGGCGGCGGGUAUUUCCGGCAAUCGACCCCUGCACGACACGCAUUUUCGACCUUCCCGCGCGCCCGGACAGGCCUCUGGUUUGCUGAAGCACCUAUUCAGAUGAGCUAAGAAAAAUUUCAUGACUACGAAACUUUUACACUGGGUCUGAUCAUUUUUUUUCCUGCCUCCCCCGUCCAUUCAUAUUGGAGCUAUACACACCGACGGAGGCUGCAUUUUUGUUUCUCUGCUCCUUUCAGCUGCAGUCCCUUCCUUUUUUCCUGUGUAAUACAUAGACGAAAAUAUUUGGUUGGCCUUUUGCCUGGGCCGGAAAAGCACCCCUUGCUUCUAGCCCACGUCAUAGCCUCCCCUCCUCCCACAUGGUCGAGGCAUUCCACUGCCCCUCGUGGACUUUUUAACUUCUCCCACCUCUACAAUGGCUGAGACCAAGAACGACGACGCCGCCAACCAAGUUGCCGAUCCGGCGCCGGUGGCCAAUGCCCCGCCCGCAGAGGACAAUGGCGAGAUCGCCCCGGAGGACGCCGUCCUCUCGCUCUCGAUAGUCCUCCCCCGGUCAGCCGAGAAGAUUCAGAUUGCCGUGUCUCCUCAUGAGCAGGUCCACGAAGUGCGCCAGUCCAUCAUCGAGAUGCCCACCGCCCUGCAGUACUCGUGCUUUCACCUGGAACACAAGGGCGAGCGCGUCAACGACUUUGCCACAAUAUCUGAGAUCACCGACAUCGCCGACGGCUCCGAGAUCCAGCUGGUUGAGGACCCUUAUACCGAGAAGGAGGCCCGUAUCCAUUUGAUCCGUGUCCGAGAGCUGAUCGGCGCCGCCGGAGAUCGCACCGAUGCCGUCCAGGGCAUCCUCCCCGGACUCUCUGUCUACGACACCGUGGCCGCCGAGGCCAGUGACGCAACAGAGGUGGUCGAGUACGAGUUCCAGAAGCCCGUUGACCUCGCCGCCUUCCUGCCGCGAGAGACAGGCCCUCAGCCCAAGACGGUCAAGGCAAUAUCCGUUUCGCCCUGGAACCCCCCACCAGCCCAUCUCAGGCAGAAGGGCCACCUCCUGUACCUGAUCGUCACGACCAACGAGGGCGAGCAGUUCCAGAUCACGGCCCACGUUGGUGGCUUCUUUGUCAACAAGUCUUCCAACAGCAAGUUCGAUCCGACGCCAAAGGUUGGCAACAAGGGCUAUUCGGCGCACUCCCUCCUGACCCUGAUCGAGCAGCUAUCGCCCUCAUUCGCACAGUCCUUCCUUGAACUUCAGGAGUUCAACAACCGCCGGGAACCCCUCUCAACCUUCCAGAUCACCAACGCAAUCCCUGCCGCCCCCUGGCUGGUCCCUUCGGCCAGCUCGCCUACCUGCUCCCACAUUUCCGACAUCACGAGGACACAGGAGUCUUUUCUGAUCGGCGGUGUUGAGAACACCGACACUCUGAGGGACUGGAACGAGGAGUUCCAGUCGGCCAAGGAGCUGCCCAAGGAGAAUGUCCAGGAUCGUGUCUUCAGGGAGCGUCUCAUCUCGAAGCUUUUUGCCGACUACAACGAUGCCGCUGCUCGCGGAGCUGUCCUUGUUGCUCGCGGCGAGGUUGCGCCUCUGAACCCCACCGAGGGACGAGAUGCCCAGAUUUUCGUUUACAACAACGUCUUCUUCUCUUUUGGUGCUGACGGUGUUGGCACCUUCACUUCGGAGGGCGGUGAUGAGGCAGCACGUGUUGCCACUGCCAAGGACGUGGGAGGAGUCAAACUUGUCAACCAGCUAGAUAUCGACGGUCUUUACACACCCGGCACUGUGGUUGUCGACUACCUCGGUAAGCGGAUUGUUGGUCAGAGUAUUGUGCCUGGAAUCUUCAAGCAGAGGGAGCCUGGCGAGAACCAGAUCGACUAUGGCGGCGUCGAGGGCAAGGACAUUGUCGCGGCCGACGAGCGCUUUGUCCCGCAGUUCCAGAAGCUGUCCAAGGCGCUCAAGGUCAAGCCCCAUGCCGUCUGGGACAAGGAGGGCAAGCGUUUCGACCUUGAGGGCAGCGUGGAGACCAAGGGGCUUGUGGGUACGGAUGGCCGCAAGUACGUUCUGGACCUGUACCGCAUCACGCCCUUGGAUAUCGAGUGGCAAGAGGAGGUUGAGGCGGACUCGGACAACAAGUAUCCCCACCGUAUGACGGUGCUGCGAUCAGAGCUCGUGGACCAGUUUGCGCGCCAGAAGAUGCGGGAAUGGGUCACCGCCGAGGUUGCCAAGCGCGGACAGGCGAAGAAGGAGAAGGCCGAGGUAAAGGCCGAGGGGGAGGAGAAGGAGAAGGAGGAGGGAGAGCCUACCGAAGAGGGUGAGAAAAAAGAGGGAGAGACCGCCCAGGAUGGCGAGAAGAAGGAGGGAGAGUCCACCGAAGAGGGCGAGAAGAAAGAGGAGGCGACCAGCGAUCGGAUCGACGUGUCGGACUUCAACUUCACGCUGAACCCUGAUGUCUUCAGUGGCCAGGUGCCGCAGACGGACGAGGAGAAGGAGGCCAUGGCUGCGGACGAGAAGGACGUGCGCGACGCAUGCGCGUAUCUGCGGGCAACCGCGAUCCCAGACCUCCUGAACGACCUCAAGGAGUCCGAGAUCAGCUUCCCCAUGGACGGGCGGUCCCUCAGCCGUCUGCUGCACAAGCGCGGCAUCAACCUGAGGUACCUCGGAAAGGUUGCCUCGCUCAGCGAAGAGUCCCGCCUGCAGUGCUUGCGCGACGUGUGCGCGCGUGAGAUGGUUGUGAGGGGAUUCAAGCAUGUCGCGGCGAAAUACCUGCGCUACCUGCCCCUUCCGCUCACCUCGUCCUGCAUUUCGCACCUCUUGAACUGCCUCCUGGGUUUCGAGCUCAACGCGAAGCCGACGGCCGACAUUGACUCAUCCUUCAGGACACUUUACGAUGAUGCUGAUCUGGCAUUCGAGAACGUGACCCCCGAGAUGCUGAGGGAGUCGAUUCAGGAGGAGGUCAAGCAACGUUUCAGGUAUACGCUCCCGGUGGACUGGCCCGUGCAUAUCCGCCAUCUCCAGGUGCUGCGCGAGGUCUGCCUGAAGCUGGGAAUCCAGAUGCAACACAAGAACUACGCCUUCGCUCCUGAGUCCAGCGAGACGAACGGGGCUCCCGCAAACGGACAGGCGCCCACAGAGGAGAAGACGGCGGAGAAGAAGAAGAAAAAGAACAAGAAGGCGCGCGAUGGGUCUCCUUCGUCCAUCAGCUCGGCCGGCGUGCCUCACACCUUCACACCUGACGAUGUUGUUAAUGUGGUGCCGAUAGUCAAGGACUCGGCUCCCCGCAGCGUCCUUGCUGAGGAGGCGCUAGAGGCAGGGAGAAUCUCCAUCCUCCAGGGCCAGAAGAAGAUUGGGCAAGAGCUCUUGCUCGAGUCUCUGUCGCUGCACGAGCAGAUCUACGGCAUCCUGCACCCCGAGGUGGCGAGAGUGUACCAUACCCUGGCCAUGCUCUACUACCAGCUGGAGGAGAAGGAGGCGGCGGUGGAGCUGGCGCGCAAGGCGGUGAUUGUGGCGGAGCGCACCAUCGGGAUCGACUCGCAGGAGACGCUGCUGGACUACCUGAACCUCAGCCUGUUCCUGUACCAGCUGGGCGAGAGCAAGCAAGCGCUUGAGUUUGCCAAGCACGCGCUUAACAUGUGGAAGGUCAUCUACGGACCGGACCACCCGGACACCAUCACGACCAUCAAUAACGCGGCUGUCAUGCUGCAGCAGCUCAAGGCUUACCACGAGUCGCGACGAUGGUUCGAGGAGGCGCUGCGGAUCUGCGAGGUGGUGUUCGGGCGGCAGUCGGUCAACAGCGCGACGCUGCUAUUCCAGCUCGCCCAGGCGCUAGCCCUGGACCAGGACGCCAAGGCCGCCGUGGUCAGGAUGCGCGAGAGCUACAGCAUCUUCCUGGCCGAGCUGGGCCCCGAGGACAAGAACACCAAGGAGGCCGAGGGCUGGCUCGAGCAGCUCACGACCAACGCUGUCAGCCUGGCCAAGCACGCCAAGGAUGUUGAGGCGCGCCGGCUGCGUGCCGGAAUCCGCUUCACUCCCCGCACGGGGGCCCUGGGCUCGACGGCGGCGGGGGCGGCCAAGACGGUGACGUCGGAGGUUGGGCGGCCGGCGUCCAUCGACUCGCGCAGCAUCGACGAGCUGCUCAAGUUCAUCGAGGGCGGCGAGAAGCAGAAGAAGCCGUCGAGCGGCGGGACCAAGAAGCGGACAGGCCGAGCCAACCCCAAGCGGAGGGGCGGCGACCCUGUGAGCACCAAAGCCUAAGCGAGGCUGGAAUGGAAGGCAGUCUGCCGUCUGCCUACCUUGCAAAUAAGCGGCUGUGACGGAAGGGCAGGAACGAACGGGAUGAGAAACGGAAAGGAAAAGAGGAAAAAAAGGAAUCAAAAGGGAUGGAUGGUGGUGGUUGGUUGGUCUGUUUGUUGCAUAUCUCAUGUGUCUCAUGUGUCUCUCAUUCAGUGGGCGUUCCUUGCGGCUCUUCUCCCCUCUUCUCUGUUUCUAUCUACUAGGGCAUUUACCUCCCCAUUCACGCGACACAUGACGGUAUAUACGCCUUUUUGUUUUGGUAUUCUCAUGCUGCUUGAGUGGUAUGAAAUGCUGCG